CCUCGUACUCUCGCGCGACGCGAAGGAGGCGGAACUGGAUUUUGAAUCAGGUGGCGGGAAGAUCGUCCGGAGCCCGAGCUCAACCCCCGUCGCCUCGUCCUCUUCGAAUGGCGAAGCAGCAGAGCCGGGAGCAGGGCAUCACCUUGCGGGGCAGCGCCGAGAUCGUCGCCGAGUUUUUCUCAUAUGGUAUCAACAGUAUCUUAUACCAACGUGGGAUCUAUCCUGCUGAAACAUUUACACGUGUUCAGAAAUAUGGACUUACUAUGCUUGUGACUGCAGACUCUGAACUUAAAAAUUAUCUGAACAAUGUGGUGGGACAGCUAAAAGAAUGGCUCUAUGAAUGCCUAGUUCAGCGGCUAGUAGUGGUGAUCUCCAGUAAAGAAACCAGUGAAGUUCUGGAAAGGUGGCAGUUUGACAUUGAAUGUGACAAAGCUGCAAAGGAUGAAAGUGCACCGAGAGAGAAAUCUCAGAAAGCUAUACAGGAUGAAAUAAAAUCUGUUAUCAGACAGAUAACAGCCACAGUAACUUUUCUUCCUUUACUCGAAACAACAUGUGCAUUUGACCUGCUGAUUUUCACAGACAAAGAUUUAACUGUUCCAGAAAAAUGGGAAGAGUCUGGUCCACAGUUCAUUGCUAACUCUGAAGAAGUUCGUCUUCGUUCCUUCACAACUACAAUACACAAAGUCAACAGUAUGGUGGCCUACAAAAAGGACAGCUUCCCCUGACUGUGCAAAUUAGACUGUACAUAAGCUUCCUCUUAACUUCUUUAGCAAAUAGUAAUUACAUUCUGCAUAGAUCCUUUGCGUUCCAGUAAAACUAACAGGGAAAACAUACUUUGUACAUAGCUUGAAUAUACUGUGGAUGUAUUUCUAAGAAUGAAUACUGAAAUCCUGUUCUUUGAUAUGCGACUGAAUUUCCUCAUUCUGGUUAUUACAGGAGUGUGGACUGAAUGUUUUUAAUUGUAUUUUGUAGGAUAAAAAAAUAAAGUAAAACUUUAACUGGUCUUUGUAUCAUAAGUGUCCUGUAUAACUGCCUAUAUUUACUUAAAUGUGAGUCCACUGCCAAUAAACUACUUAAUUUUG